CAAUUCGUCGAUGAAUCACGUCGCGCUUCUACAUGCGUAACGGCCUUUAGUGCGCAAGUGGCGUAAAUCUCGUGACGUUCGCGCUGUCAGAGCCUGUCAGUGCAUGGUGGUGCACGUGAGAUUGCACGCGAUUUUUCGAUCUCGCGACUGAUUUCAAAGAAUGUAACCUUCUUGCUUCCAACGUUGACCACUUUGCGCCUCUCGUGGCUGCUCGUGGCCUCUCGUCUCAGCGCUCCACGUCUACGUAUUUUUGGACGUGUUCGAUCAAUCUCGUCUCCAGCAGAUGUAAGCAACUCGAUUACGAUUUUAUGACGCGAGGCGCCCAGCGAGGAGACCAACGUCGCACGAUAUGACGCGCGCGUGACAAUGAGGAGAUCGUUACCGUCUGGCACCGUCUCGCGGAGGUCGUUCGAGAUCACCGUUUGACGUUUGACUACGUGUCUAGACGGAUCGCGACGAAGUGGUGCCCGCAGGCGUCGAGGGUCGAUUGUCCAAGUUUGGCCCGUUCCAAGUCCUCCACAAUCAACAGGAAACAAUAGGAAGGCAAUGCGUAUGCACGGACACUUGGUGAUGAGCCUCGCUCGUCGAGAGAUUCGUCGAGGAAGGCGCGCGGAGGAGGCGACCUGGACGCGCCGGCAAGGUUAGGAGGCUGCCGCGAUGAAGAGCCCAACGGUGAACGGAAUCAGCAACGCGCAUCCCGCUGUCCCGUCGUCGCAGACGACGCAGUCGGGAAGCGGCGGCGCGAGGCAGCCCCGUCACGGUGGCAGCUUCCAGGUGGUGAAGAUCGCUGGCCGCGAGCGAUCCGGCUGCUACAACAACAUCGCGAGCAAUAUCGCGCCGAAGGCGGCCGCGAUCGGCCGGCAGCAGCUGGUGUCUUUGAACGGGGACACAGGGACGGUGCGCUGCAAUAGCGUCAAUGACGACGAGGCGCUGGCGUGCGACGUGGCGCCUGUCUCAGCUGCCGCCAGGACCAAGGCUCUCUGCGUGCACAUCAGGGAGAACAAGUGGUACGACGCCGGUAACGUGGUUUCCGUUGGGGUGGCGGGCACCAGCUUGAGCCAUGCCCUGGAGAGCAUGUCCCUGGCCUACAAUCCCGCCACGAAGCAGCUGUACUCCAUGGAGCUGGAGCAUCAACAGCAGCAGCAGGCCAGGUUGUUGCAAAUCGACAAUAGUGACAGACAACAGAUCGAUAACUGUACCACUCCUCAGUACCUGGAAUCUCUGUGCAAUGGUAAGGAACAGACGUCGGGUGCGAAACUCGAAAGUAUUAGCGUGAAUAGCAGUCCGAGAAACAGUUUGCCGCGCUCGUGCAGUAGCACGGUGUCUUCUCUCAGCGAGAUCUCGCCAUCGGGCAGCUUUUUAGGGUCCGACGAGCACACGCAUGUCGUGUCGGAGAAGAGCGGCGAUAAGGUGACCAAGCCACCACGUUGGGGAGGACUGAAUGCGCUUUUCACAAGGAACGUUUUCUCAUGGAAGGGCAGCAGAGGGUCCCAGCAGUCGACACCUACCGGUAGCCCAUCGAGAAAUAGCGACAAGGUGGGUGGUAGUACAGCCCUGAUUCAGCAGCCAAGGCCAGCGAAUCUGCCAGCGAAGAACGCCCUGGAAGAGGAACGGCAUCGUAAGCAGUACGAUGCAAUUUUGGAGGCGGCAAGGAAGCGGGAAGUUCGCGAGGAGAAAGAGCGCAAGCAACAACGAGAGUGCCAGCUACGGGAGGAGAGGAGACUGGCUGAGGAUUCCAACACGUGGAACGUACAUGUGCUGCCCAGGUUCGAGAGCGUCAGGAACACGAGGCGGGUGCGAGAGCUGUGGUGGCGUGGCUUGCCACCAAGUGUGCGCGGCAGGGUGUGGAAGCUGGCGAUCUCGAACAGUCUGAACGUGACACCGCACUUGUACAACCUCUGCCUGGACCGGGCCAUGUCCUGCCCGAACAAUGAGUCUUUGGCUGCGAUCAGGCUGGACGUGUCCCGUACCUUUCCUACUCUAUGUGUCUUUCAGGAGGGUGGACCACUGUACAACAGCCUUCAGGGUAUCUUGGCAGCGUAUGCCGUGUACAGACCAGACGUGGGCUACGUGCAGGGUAUGAGUUUCGUGGGGGCAGUUUUGUCGCUGAACAUGGACCCGCCAGACGCCUUCGCCUGCUUCGCGAAUCUGCUAAAUCAUCCCUGCCACAGAGCCGCCUUCACAUUGGACCAAAAGAGAAUGAAUACCUACUACAAAGUAUACUCCAGUGCUCUUGCGCAUAAGCUGCCAAAAGUCUUUUCUCACUUCACCGUAGCUGGAUUGAGCCCAGACUUGUAUCUAUUAGAUUGGCUAUACACGAUAUACGCCAAGGCGAUGCCCCUUGACGUCGCAUGUAGAGUCUGGGACGUCUUUCUUAGAGACGGAGACGAGUUCCUCUUCAGAACCGCUCUGGGGGUGUUGCAUCUGUAUCAGGAGGAAUUGUUGAAGAUGGACUUCGUACAUGGCGCACAAUUUCUUACUAGAUUGCCGGAGAAUCUACAAGCAGAAUCCUUGUUCAACAGUAUUAGUCAGAUGUCUACUACUGUCGGGACGACAACGUUUCAACAGAUGUUGGUUCAAUAUUCUUCGUAAUUUAGUAUAUUGAAAGUUGUAGCAAAAUUGAGAGAAGAGAAGUUUUUCUUCUUGUGAUAACAAAAUCUGAGUCUUUGUGUGCAAAAAAUUUUAUACAUUAUUAUAUUAUUAGAAAUUAUUUGAAAAAUUUUUAAUAAAUUUUGUAAUAGAAUACCAUAAUUUGUAUUUGUUUGUGAGAAAACUUGUGUUAAAUUGUGUUCAGAGAUGGUACAUAGAAAUGUAAUGUCUUUGAUCUUGUAGAAGUAAAUUAAUAUGAUAUUUAAAUCUAUUGUUUUAUAAUGGACACAAAAAUAUAAUGUAGAAAUUAAUUGCACGAGAGAUCAAAGAGGUAAUUUUCAAGAAUUUAUGACAAAAAUAUUUUUUUGUUAUGAAUUUUUGGAAAUUAUAUAUAAAUUAUUAAAUUUGUUAUGGAAAUUAUAUUUUCCAUGUAAAUAAUUGAUUGUGCUGUUCAGUUGUAAAUAUUUUUUUACAACGAAUGAAAUUGGGAAAAAUGAUCUGCAAUAUACAUAACAUGAAUGCUCUGUUAAUAGACUUAUACUCAUUUUAAAUUUUUAUUAUUUUUUGAAACGUGAUAUACACUUUACAUCUAUCUAAUAUCUUGAUACCUUUUGAAAAGCAAAUCAGAGAGACAUUAAUAAUAUAAAAAUUUUAACUUAUUCGAAUAUAUAUUCAUAUAUCUUAUUUUAUCAAUUUUUAUAGAUAUUUAUGACAAUUUCUUAUAAUUUGUAAUAUUUAAACAUCCGAAAUAUCAAUCUUGUUUCACAUGUAUAUUAUUGUAUAUGCAAUAUUGUAUUUUAGCUUUGAGAUAUAUUGAUCCAUAGAUUCUUUGUGUGUGUCUUCUCGAUUUUUACAUUCUCUUCAAGACUGAAGAGAAAUAUAUAUGUAUGCAGUGCAACAGUAUCAUUCAGCUAUAACACAGAUAUUAUCCUCAUAUAAAUAUACAUCACAAAUAUAGAAUUAGCUGAAAUUGAAAAAAAGAGAAAAGACUCUUACUAGCAUAAUAUUGCUAUCUAUAUAAAUUUUGGACAUGCUGACGAUAUACUAUUCAAGUAUCCAACAAAAAAUACUGAACAGUUGAGAUUACACACCAGGAAAUAUAUUUCGUCCAAAAUUUUAAUUAAUAUUGGCUUGUAAAAGAAAAGUGAAGUUAAAUAAUGCAAACGUAUAUGUAAUGAUCAACUUUUAAAGUAUCAAAAUUUUUUACUUAUUAAAAAAAUUAAGCAAAUAAUAUAUUAUGAAAGUAAA